ACCUACGGGCCAUGUGUGAAUAACAAACGGAGAUAUUUUCACUCUUGCUGUUCUUAUCUCUCUCCGCCACUCGUGCAACGCUCGUCGCCGCCCGUCAACUCCGGCCACUGCCCACUGGUGCGUAAAGCAAAACUCCACCCUCCUCCAGCGUCCUCUUCUCCAGUGUAGCCUCCGUGCCCGCGACUUACCCAAUAGUUUCUCCGCUGGGCUCGGCAGUAGCGCUCCCUGCCUACGGACGCGCGCGAGGAGACGGCGCCUCGAGCUUACCCAAUAGUUUCUCUUCUUGCUUUGCCGGCGCCGCUGCCGCCCUUCCUCCGCCACCGGCAUCGUCUGCUCCUCCUCCGCAUCCGGGCAACCGAAGCAGCAACUGAACCCACAUUAAGUUGCCCUCCGUAUCUGCUGAAUUUAGCAGCGCCCCUUUUUGGGGGGCUGGGGUUGUGCCAUGGAGAUACUUAACUGUAAGGGCGUUCGUUUUAGCUUGACAGGCAUCAAUGGAACCAGGGCCAACCAGUUAGUAAAGAUAGGAUCCCAACCUCAACGAGUUGGCCGGGCAAGGUCAGUAACAUGCUGUGAGUACUCUCCUGAUCCUGCUAGCAAGAGGCAUGAGAGGUAUCAGCAACAACCACAAAAUGUUGAUCUCCCAGAAUUACACCCAAAGAACAAAAAGAAGCCCUUUCCUGUCCCGAUUAAAAAGAUGCUGCAAGCUUCCCGCAAAGACAAGAGGCUUGCACAGAUGAGGAUAGAGAAGCCUCUUGAGCCCCCAAAGAACGGUUUGCUUUUACCAGAGCUUGUCCCUGUUGCCUAUGAAGUCCUUGAUAACUGGAAAGUGCUCAUCAGAGGCAUCUCUCAGCUUUUGAAUGUUGUUACAGUUUUUGGUUGCAGAAAAUGCCCUCAAGUCCAUGUUGGCCCAGUUGGCCACCAGAUACAAGAUUGCUAUGGUUCAGGAAGCCAGCGUCGAAAUAGUCACCACUCUUGGAUCAGAGGAUCCAUCAACGAUGUGCUCAUCCCGAUCGAAUCUUACCAUCUUUUUGACCCAUUUGGCCGGAGGGUCAAGCAUGACACCAGGUUUGACUUUGACAGGAUUCCAGCAAUUGUUGAGCUAUGCAUUCAAGCUGGUGUCAACCUACCACAGUAUCCCACAAGGAGACGGGCUGCUCCUGUGCGGAUGAUUGGCAAGAAGGUUAUUGACCGUGGCGGAGUUGUCGAUGAGCCUAAGCCACACCGAUCGGAGGACUGUAUAUCUCUUCUUGCUGAGCUUGACACAUUUAGCAACCAACAGGGCCAGACACCCAUGCCAACCAAUGUGAAAGAGCAUGCAGAGAGGACACUGAAAGCAUACUGCAAUGUCCGGCAGGGUGUUGCGCAGCUGAUGAGCAAGUAUACGGUAAAAGCAUGCGGGUACUGCUCUGAGGUCCAUGUUGGUCCAUGGGGACACAAUGUGAAGCUCUGUGGGGCUUUCAAGCACCAGUGGCGAGACGGCAAGCACGGGUGGCAGGAUGCUGUUGUGGAUGAGGUCAUACCACCGAACUAUGUGUGGCAUGUCCCUGACCCCACUGGCCCUCCUCUCAGAUCCUCCCUAAGGAGUUUCUAUGGCAAAGCUCCGGCCGUCGUCGAGCUAUGUGUGCAGGCGGGAGCUGAAAUACCUGAAGAGUACCGGCCAAUGAUGAGGACUGAUAUCAUCAUCCCAGACCCCGAUGAAGCUCGGAUGGCUGCAUGAAAACGAUGUUCUGCCCCUGCACUUCUGAAGAUGCCCGGAGUCCAAAUUCCAGCCGAAGGUGCUUAUUACCCGCACCCGGAUGCCUCAUGGUUGGGCCCUGUCAUAUUGCCUGAGGCAGCAGCAAAUGCAUAGGCUGUAUUAUAAUACUAAUACUAUGCUGAACCACGACCAGACAUACUCUCAAAAUUGAUUCAUAGAUCUGCUAAAAGUAUUCAUCAAAAGGUGAUCCUCGAAUAUCCUGCCUUCGCUCGCCUGUCUUCCUAGUGAUACUAUGCAUCUUGCGACCAUUUGAUCACUGCUUUGCUGCAGAUGCACAACUUGAAGAAAGGAAGUGGAAAAGGAUGUCCUCUGCUAUGGUGCAUAUAACCUUGUUUAAUGGCGUGAGAUGCCUUAUGCUUCCCUAUGCUAGACUGUGAGGCACUUACGAUGGCUCGAUACAGAUGGCUUCCCCCUUUCCUCUGCUGGUACCAUGCUUAAUGGCGAGCUGAUUCUUGGGAUUAAACUAAUCGCCGAGAUUUGUUCGGGUAUUUGUGCGUCUGGCUGUGAUUAAUCAUGGCCUAAAAGCUGUGCAACUUGUAGCUGCCCCCAGAAUCCCAGAUCAUCGCUCCCGGUGCGGCUACAUGUAUACCGUCAGAUUUAUCGGUAUAAUGUACUCUCUCCUCUACUCUUUUGUGCUGUAUACUCUGUAACAUGGCUGCGAAAGUUGUAUCAAAUGGAUGGUUAGAGAGCCAUGAAGUGGAAUUAGUAUAUUUGUUUCUGAAGGAUGUAUGACAGGCUAUUCAGCCAGCCUGAACAAUGCUUCCAUGCUCUUCUCAGCAGUGAACUGCAGAUAUCAUAAACCAUUUGCAA